AAACAGCUAAAGAUCAUGAGUAUUUGUUUUUAAAUACCAAAUCAUUCCAUUUACAUAAAGUUCAGAAACAGUCACAACUAACUUAUCAUGAGAGACAUCAGAAGAGUACUUGCCUCUUGAGGAGAAAUGGACUGAAACGGGGCACUCAGAAACUUUGAAGGUGAUGAAAUAUUCUAUAUCUUCAUUCGCACGUUGGCUUCAUAGGUUUAUAGGGGUGUCAAGACUCACUGAACUGUACACUUAAGACCUUUGCAUUUUACUGUAUAUAAAUUAGACUGAAAUAGACUGACUGAACUGAAAUGUUUUCCUUGUAAGUUCUGAUAUUGCAUUGUAUGUUGCAUUUUCUUUGUUCCUGAAAAAUAUGGAACGCUUCAAGACUUUCUGUGUCAUCCUUGCUCGGGGGCCAUGCUAAUCUUCUCUGUGUCGUUCCAAUUUUAGUAUAUGUGCUGCUGAAGUGAGCACCAUGAGUAUUUUUUAUGAGAAAUAGCUGAGAAGGAAAGAGGGAGUAAUGGAAGGAGGGGCUUAAGAGAGGAAGAGACUAGAGGCAGAGACUGGGAUAGAUAUUGGGUAGGCAGAAUGGGAAGGGAGGGAGAUGUGCAGAGAAGGCAGAAGGAAGCCAGAUAGAACCAGAUCAAAGUCAGAAAAUGACUGGGGAGAGGGAAGUACAACAGAGAGGAUUGAGGAUAGGGAGUGGGGAAAGAAAGUAAAUAGGGGAUUGAAUAAGGAAGAUUUGGAGAGAGAAAUUCAAAGAAAGGUUUGGGAAAGGAGAAAGAGGAAAAAUGAGGAUAAAGAUGUGGAAGGAGAGGAGCAGGCAUCUGGGGAGAGAAGUAGAAUAGAGCAUAGAGCAAGACGGAGGGGCUACUAUUUGUUCUUUGGCUCGCUCCUGUUUUAGGAAAAUUCUUCUCUACUCAAUGGGGCUGCCAAGGGCAAGCCUUGAGUGGAAGAGAUGUGAGAUCAUUUGAGGGUGCCUUGGGACAGUUGGGUUGACAUAACUAGACUCUGAACCCACAGCUAGAGGCCUAGGAGGGUUCCAGGAUAUAUAGAGAAAAUAACAUGCAUUGUGUUCUGCAGUCUGAGAUCCAUUGCUCUCCCAGACUAUUCCAACACAUCUCGGCUUCUCCGGCGCCGCCGAGAUGCUGUCCUGCCGUCUCCAGUGCGCGCUGGCCGCGCUCUCCAUAGUUCUGGCUCUGGGCGGUGUCACCGGCGCGCCCUCAGAUCCCCGACUCCGUCAGUUUCUGCAGAAAUCCCUGGCUGCUGCCGCUGGGAAGCAGGAAUUGGCCAAGUACUUCUUGGCAGAGCUGCUCUCUGAACCCAACCAGACAGAGAAUGAUGCCCUGGAGCCUGAAGAUCUGUCCCAGGCUGCUGAACAGGAUGAAAUGAGGCUGGAGCUGCAGAGAUCCGCUAACUCGAACCCGGCCAUGGCGCCCCGAGAACGCAAAGCCGGCUGCAAGAAUUUCUUCUGGAAGACUUUCACAUCCUGUUAACUUUAUUGAUUAUUGUUGUCCGUAUAAGACCUGUGAUUCCUCUCCUCCAAACCCCGUCUCUCCUCCCUAAUCCCCCCAAUCCUCAGUAAGACCCUUGCAUUAGGAAUUGAAGACUGUAAAUACAAAAUAAAAUUAUGGUGAAAUUAUGAAAAAAA